GGAGCGUAAUGACGUGUGUUUAUUGGCGCGCACGGAGAAAAUUCAAAACUGCGCUGUUCACAGAAACCGUUGCUAGCGAUGUACGCUAGCAGCUAACGACUGUCUUUAUCGCAGUGGGUUAUUUUCUCGGAUCCAGUCUGUUUGAGUUCUGACAAUUCACGCGAUGUGGGACUUCAUUUUGCCAGUUUGUGUCAGUGAUUUGGUGAAGACUGGGGGCAUCAACCAGUACGUGGUCCAAGAUGUUCUUUCCCCCAAACAGCUGGCAACGCACCUCCACAGUUUCAGGGCUGCAUUGAGGAGUCAGGGCCCCCUGUGCAUCCUGGAGCACUUUGACACUGCCUACAGUGUUCUGAAACAUUUCCAGGCUGUUGACGUGGGUGUGAAAGAAGACACUUUGGAGUUACUUGUGCAAGUGGUGAAUGGAUUGUCAGUCUCUCUACCAUCCCUCCUCCUCUCCACCUCGACCUCAGCUGUGGACAGAAAGCAGCAGCUCAAUGCUGUUAAAAUGGCAGUCUUCCUGCUCUGCAAACUUUCUGAGCAUCUGGAGAGUGACUCCUACAGGCAGAGCAUCGUCACUGCGCCUAGCAAGGGCGGGAAGAAAGCCAGAGCUGCCGGUGAGGACCAGAUGCAGUGGGACUCAGAGAGGGCGCCCGUGCUGCAGGCUCUCACGCAGCUGCUGCAGCUGGACAUCCGGACCCUCUGGAGCCUGUCGCUGGUGGAGGAGGAGUUUGUCAGCUGUGUGACGUGCUGCUGCUACAAGCUCCUGGAGAACCCCGGCAUCAGCCUGGUGAAGAGCAAGCCCAGCCGCGACGCCAUCAUCCACCUGCUGGGGGUGAUGGUCAAGAAGUACAACCAUCUGCUGGGCGCCAGCGUGAAGGUGAUCCAGCUGCUGCAGCACUUUGAGCAGCUGUCCUCGGUGUGCGCGCAGGCUGUGGCCGUGUGGAGCACCGAGUACAACGUCAAGGCCAUCGUCGGGGAGGUCAUGAGAGAGAUUGGUCAGAAGUCCAGUGAGGAGCUGAGCAGGGAGGGCUCGGGCGUGAAGGCCUUUUCCUGCUUCCUGUCAGAGCUCAGCACGCUGGUGCCCGACACCAUGAUCCUCAACAUCAGCGUUCUGCUCACACACCUGGAGGGAGAGAGCUACAGCAUGCGCGUAGCCGUGUGUGAGGUCCUGGGGGAGGUGCUGGUCCGGGUCCUGAGCGGCGACGGGCUGAACGAGUCGGGCCGGGCCGACCGGGACCGCUUCCUGGACACCCUGCAGGAGCACCUGCACGACACCAACUCCCACGUGAGGGCCCGCGUGCUGCAGGUCUACACCCGCGUCGUCAACAGCAAGGCGCUGCCCCUGUGCAGGUACAGCGAGGUCAUGGGGCUGGCGGUGGGUCGGCUCCUGGACAAGUCCAUCAACGUGUGCCGGAACGCCAUCCAGCUCCUGGCAGCCUUCAUCGCCCACAACCCCUACAGCUGCAAGCUGAGCAGCGCCGAUCUGAGGAAGCCCUUGGAGAAGGAGACGGCCAAACUGAAGGAGCUGAGGGACCGGGGGAGGGAGAAGGCUCCAGUGGCCGUGAUCGAGGCCGGGGAGCUGUGGGCAGCCAUGGAGCCGGAGCUGCUGCAGACGGCCAGGGCGGAGCUGGAGCCCGCCAGCGAGGGGGAGAGAGGAGCGCAGGAAGAGGGAGCCGAGACGGAGGUGGAGACGGAGGAGAGCGACCGGGCCACCGGCGUGCAAAUCGCGCAGUUCCUCAGGGUGAACAAGUACAGGCAGGCCGUGCGGCUGUGCCUCCGAGCUCACGACGUGUUCCCGGAGUCUCCGCUCUUCUCCGCUCUCUCCACCCCCUCCACGGAGUCAGUCAUGGACACGCUGGCUCGUAUUUUCAAAGGCCCGGAGCAGGACACCCCUCAGGAGGAGGAAGAGGAGCCCGCUGCCCCGCAGGAGGAGGAGGAGGGGGGAGCGAAGGAUGAGGCGGAGGAGAGCGAGCUCAAGAAGCAGGAGAUGCUGGUUCAGUACCUGAGGGACACGGAGAGCUUUGCGCUGCAAGUGGAGAAGGCCAUCGCCGUCAUCAACAUGAUGCUGUACUGGAAGACCACCACUCUGGUGCAGGAAGCGGUUCAGUUCUGUGUGACGGUGUGCGAGUUCAGCGUGGCUAACGCUCUGUCGGGGGUGAGGAGGAUGCUUCCCUUGGUCUGGUCCACCGACGCUGCGGUGAAAGAGGCCGUGGUGCAGCUACGAGGCUCUACCUCACCAGGGGACACCACCAGGGCCAAGGCGCAGACCCUGGUGGACAGUCUCUCGGAGCUGAUUGUAGACGCAUCGCUGGGGACCAUCCAGUGUCUGGAGGAGAUAGUGCAGGAGUUCUUCAGCAGCGGCAGCAGCCUGCAGUCCAGCGUGGUGCAGGUGCUGUGGGAGCGCUUCAGCGGGAAGCAGGAGAGCUCCGCCCUGCACAGACGCGCCGCCGCCCUGCUGCUGGGCAUGGCCGCACGGUGCUUUUUUGGCAUGCCCUCUCAGGUAUCCUCUCCCUCUCUGUUGCAGCCAAAUAAAGAUGCUGCUCCAUUCAGGCUGCCUCAGGACCACCAGCUCUUCACCUGCCUCACCCAGGCCAUUGCCGAAGGUGUGGUGAUGAGCGACCCUCACUGGCAGAGCUUCAUGGAGCAGGCCGUUCGACUUAUUUACUUCCUGGCGGAGUCACCUGACCAGAUCUGCUCCCACCUCCUUCAGCGCUGCUCGCGUCUGCUAUUGGACCAGAUUGCCGAGGGCGGAGAAAGCGCCAAGGAGGGCGGCCUGUCGCAGGGCAGGUCUCAGGGCGGGUCUCAGGGUGACGACGAGGAGGGCGGACAAGUGAGCUGCGUUUCCCUGGCCCAGCUGCUGGCCCUGUGUGGCUCUGUGGCCUUCUGGCAGGUGUCUCACCUGGAGCGCAGCGUCAGCGUGGAGCUGCGCAGGAGGAGGGGAGAGCGGGAGGAGAGGGAGGCCACCGGCCCCUCCGCCAAGGCCAAGCAGGCAUCCAAUGAGAGCUGCAUGGAGGAGGAGCUGGGAUUGGUGGGCGCCUCUGCAGAGGACACGGAGGCUGAGCUCAUCCGUAAGAUCUGUGAGACUGAAUUAUUAGCCGAGGAGAACGUUCUGAGUGCCUUCCUGCCCCUGCUGGUGAGGGUGUGCAGCUCUCCUGGCCGGUACUCCCACCCCCAGCUCACCGCCUCGGCCUGCCUGGCCCUCGCUCAGUUCAUGAUGAUCAGCCCCUCGGUCUGUGAGGAGAACAUCCGGCUGCUCUUCACGGUGCUGGAGAGGGCCCCUCUGCCUGUGGUCCGAGCCAACACCAUCAUCGCCCUGGGCGACCUCACCGUGCGCUUUCCCAACAUCCUGGAGCCCUGGACCCAGAACCUCUACGCCAGGCUCAGUGACGAGAGCUCGCCGGUGAGGCAGACUGCCGUGACGGUGCUCACUCAGCUGGUGCUGAAGGACGUUCUGAAGGUCAAAGGGCAGGUGAGCGAGGUCGCCGUGCUGCUCAUCGAUCCCCAGCCGCACAUCGCCAGCCUGGCCCUCAACUUCUUCAACGAGCUCGCCAGCAAGGACAAUGCCAUCUACAACCUGCUCCCUGACAUCAUCAGUCGUCUGUCGGACCCGGAGCGAGGGAUGACGGAGGAAGACUUUCACACCAUUAUGAAGCAACUCUUCUCCUACAUCACCAAAGAGAAGCAGACCGAGAGCCUGGUGGAGAAGCUCUGUCAGAGAUUUAGGACGGCAAAGACGGAGAGGCAGUGGUGCGACCUGGCCGUGUCCCUGUCCCUGCUCUCCAUGUGCGAGCGCGGGUUCAAGCGGCUGCAGGAAUGCUGGGAAUGUUACAGCGACAAGCUGGCGGAGCCGGGCGUGUACCAGCCCCUGCUGUCGAUCACGGCGCGGAUGCGCCGGGGGGCCAAGCCUCAGCUCAAGUCUCAGGUGGAGGACUUUGAGAAGAAGCUGACCGCGGUCCACACUAAAGGGCUGGAGAACAUCGAGAGCGGGGAGACUGCGGAGGGGAGGGAGGGAGGAGAGGAGGAGGCGGAGAGCGCCUGUACCCCGCGGCCCGUGGGCAAACGCGCCCGCAAGCCCGCGCAAGGUAAAGGGAGAAGCUCCACCUCCUGCCGUGAAAGUGACUUUCAGACCCCUAAACCACGCCGCCAGCCCAGGAAGAAAACCAUCACCUUCAGCAGUGACGAGGAGGAGGAGGAGGAGGAUGAUGCCGUGAUGACUGAGAACGAAACGCCCAAAGUGACCACGCCCAUCGCCCGCUCCUCUCGGCGAACCCGACUCCGACACUGAUCUUGUUCAUUCUCGUCUCCCCUCUCUUUCCCUGUAUCUCUGCUGUCUGUCUUUUUGCUGCUUUCUAUAAAUGUUUCUUUAUGUUUGUGUAUCUGUCUCUGCGUAUAGCCUUUCUCAGUUUAAUAUUUUCCAGUGUAUGUUAAUGAUACCAGAAUUGUCACAACUUUACCUAAGCGGUUUUGAAUUAUGAAUGGGCAAAAUCUGGAUUUUUUUUUAAUAAAGAUUUGUAUAAACUGUUA